ACGACAUAUGUCAGUCAGACCUCAAAAACAGCGCUACAGCACUACAACGUUUCUGGUCUUCUUAAUUAGUUAGCACUACAGGAAUGAUGACGUCCAUGUUAAUACUUGUUCUUGGGUUAAUUGCCUUACACGUGCAAAAGGGAGGCGGUGCUGCCAUGCACUCACCACUGGAGUUGGAAAUAGUUCAUGGACGGCAGGUUUCCUUCUGCUCGUAUGAAAAUAUGAAAUUAUCCCCAAACAGCACAUUCUUCGACCUCCGGACUUGCUCACAUUGUUCUUGUGAUCACGAUGGAUUAUUUUGUUAUACAGGGUCGCACAUCACAGAAAAUCCAGAUAAACCCUCGGAAUGCAAGGUCAUAUAUGUUGCAUGCGAGCCACUUUGGGUGAUGAAAUCGAAUGAGAUGGCGGACUGUCCAACGCACCUGAUUCCAGAGCAUGGAAUGGUUGGAAAAUGAAUACAAUAGCUUUGGUCAACAACAUGCUCGUGUAUUUAACUUUUGACUCUAUAUAUUCAAACAACUUCUGUCACAAUAAACACUAGCAGAAAUAACAA